GGGGAUGCUCCAGAAAAGGAUAUUCCCAUGGGAACAGGUCCUUGAGCUAGAAGGCUUCCGAAGUCACCAAAGAGGAGACAGAUUCUCAGAGUUCACCUCAGGCACCCAAGGUCAUCAUGCUGAAGGUCACCGGCCUCCUUGAAGUUUCUAUCCUUCUUGCUUAUUUCACUCUGCUUCUAACUGGGCACCUCUCCCACCUGACAUGAUUCAGAGAGGUGGGGGAUGUGACUUUGGAAAACUAGGUUGCACCCACCUGAAAAUAUGCACUGGCGCUGAGGGCUGCCACACGUCAGGGACUUAGCCUUGCCUAACAUCAAUUAGGGACACUUGCCACACCAGGCAUUGUCCUGAGCACUUCCUAGGUUAAACUCCAACAUGCCCACGUCUCGCGAGGCAAGCACGACCAUUGCCCCUCAUUUGACAGACACAGCAAUGAAGACCAGACUAGAAGGUUUUUUUAGACCUGUCCAAGGUCACCUGUCCAUUAGUGGUGGGUACGGUUUGAAUUUAGGUGGGCUAAGUGAUCACAGAAGUCCUCACUCUUACAGUUCCAGAUGACAUGGGCCUUAUAACCAGGUAUGAAUAAGACAUGAAGAAGCCUUCUGUACUCAUGGUCAAAUGAAGUAGAUUCAAAAAAAAUGUGCUCAAGGUCACAAGGCUACAUGGAUGCAGUUGGCAUGUGAGGAUGGCAGGGCAGUGCUCAGUGCUGCCUUGGAACAUGACGCCUUGGAGUUGGACACCCCCUGUCUACUUCAGGAGAGUGAAGUAAAACUUGACAGAAUACAUUGAAGCUCAGGGCUCUCUGCUUCAGUGACAGGUAUAGGCUGCUUUCACUAAGACCACAUUUGAGGCUGGCCACACAGGUCAUGGCUGGAGAGUCCCCCAGUCAUUUGCUCGGGGCCUGUUCUGAGUCACUCAGUUCUGCUUGUCCUAUUGUCCCGGCAAGUGAGUGUCUCUUAAACCAUGGAACGAUGAAGGAUAUUCUCCCUCCAGAAGUGCUGGGGGUGGUUGGUUCUCUCCUAGCCCAUAGCCACUGCUGGGCACCUGCUCUGGGGAGUGAGUUUGGGGAUUAGAGGUUGGUAACUCCUCGACCUCACUCUCCCCGUGCAAGGGAAGCAGAAAGGCAAUGGAUCUCCAACAGAGGCAAAGCUGGGGGAGACCGAGAUGGGAAUGUUAUUGUAGCUUUAGCGUGCGUUCCCAGUUUGAUGUCAAGUUGGUAGGGCUGCAGGGAAGUUUGUGCAGGACAGAUGAAUGGGUUCCCAGGUUCCCAGGAGAGAGUGGUGGGGGAAGAAAGAAAGAGAGACCCUCCACACUCCAAGAGAAAUUUGUUUCCAGGCCCUCGCCCUUGGGUGCCAGCGCUCUUCUACACUGGGUGCUCGGUCUGCCAGCCAGUAUUCCUGUGGCUUUGGCCAGUGAGCAUCACUUCUAUGUCCCCCAGUUCUGUAUUUUUCCUGGGACGGCUAAUGGCCCAUGAAUAGCAAUGUCUCUGAAAGUGCCUACACGGAGAGUUCUCAGGGAAGCUGUUCUCACUGCCUGGAGGAAUGGUCGUUGUGAAAACUAAGACCGAAUAUGAACCUGACCGCAAGAAAGGAAAAGCGCGUCCUCCCAAGAUAGCCGAGUUCACCGUCAGCAUCACCGAGGGUGUCACCGAGAGGUUUAAGGUCUCCGUGCUGGUCCUCUUUGCCCUGGCCUUCCUCACCUGUGUCGUCUUCCUGGUUGUCUACAAAGUGUACAAGUAUGACCGUGCGUGCCCUGAUGGGUUUGUCUUGAAGAAUACCCAGUGCAUCCCAGAAGGCUUGGAGAGCUACUACACGGAGCAAGACUCCAGUGCCCGGGAGAAAUUUUACACUGUCAUAAAUCACUACAACCUGGCCAAGCAGAGCAUCACGCGCUCAGUGUCACCGUGGAUGUCAGUUCUGUCAGAAGAGAAGCUGUCGGAACAGGAGACCGAAGCUGCAGAGAAGUCAGCUUAGCAAGCGGGGCAGGUUCCUUACAAUGUGUCACUUGAAGGCAACAAAGGGACUUUGAGGGACAUUUCAUUAAAUAUAAUUACCGAUAAUUUAGAGAUUACUCAUUUACGGUGCAAUUGCUUCUGUUUGCUAAUGCUGCUUUGCAAAUAAAACUUGCUGCGGACCACCCACAGGCAUAAGAAAAGUGCAUCUCAGCACUGCUUAGAGAGCUUGAUGCCACUGUCCAUGCCGAGGAGUCGCCAUUUAGCUCCUUCACUGGGACGCACUGGAUACUGUCAAGAGGUAAUUCGCCCUGGCUAUGCCAGGGCUCCGGCCAUCAGAACAGUGCAUUUGGUGGUUUCGUUCUCUUUUAUGCCCCUUUGCUAUUUGCAGACCUUACCCCAUACAUAGAGUGACCCCACGCUCUGCUGACUGCAGUGUGGAUGCACUGCUAAGCGGCGCAGAGGAGGGAAGGUGUGCGCCACGACACACGCAGCCCUGCCAGGGCAGUUCUGGGAGGUUCUCUUUGCUAUGUCCCCUGCGCAGAACACGAGGAUGGGGUGGGGAGGAGCUGGCUCUGGGCCAGGGGGUUGCCGAGCCUGUGCUCCUGUGGGUGGUGUCUGCUGGUGAUGUGCUAGAUAGGAAGAAAGCCCACUGGCUCGUUCCUUUCCUGUUAUGAUACAUUUGCACGUACAGCCCUGAAUGCAGGUGCAGUUUUGGUUUUUUGUUUUCUUAGCCAGUGGGCAAAGUGAAAAUGUAAUUUUGGGUAAGCCAGGGCUUCUUUAGCUUUUAUUCUGUGAACAGAUGUGACUCCUGUGCUGUGGGAAGGGGGCAGGACGGCUGGUGGGGGGCUGAUGUGGCACCUUGAAAAUAGAAUAAGUCCACAAUCUUUGUAAGAAAAGAAUGUUUAUGUUUCAAUUUGAAUCUUGACAUUAAAGUAUAUGUUUACAAAAUCACCAGUAGGUAAACUAAAUGUGUAAGACAAUUAAAUAGAAAAAGCUA